AUGAACAAUCUAAAUAACAAUAAUUUGUUGAAAGAAGAAGAAAAAGAAAUUUCUUCAAAUAAAAAGCAGCGUUCAUCCUCCUCCGCGCAACAACAACAACAAAAUGUUGGAGAAGAAUUUAGUAGUGCUAGCGAUAGUUGGGAACAUGUUUCGUCUGGGGCUUCUGGAGGAGUGAGCUUUUUUUAAUGAAAAAAAAUUUUUUGGGGGAUUUUUGAGGGGAAAAAGGGGAAGGAAAAUGAAAUAAUUUUUUUUGGAAAUU